AUGGGCCAGCUGAAAGAUGCAGAAGCGCUCCACAGGAGAGCUUUGGAGGCCCAGGAGCGCACCCUCGGUGGGGAACAUCCUUCCACAUUGGCCUCAGUCAACACUUUGGCAAUUUGCCUCCGAGACAUGGGCCAGCUGAAAGAUGCAGAAGCGCUCUACAGGAGAGAUUUGGAGGCCCAGGAGCGCACCCUCGGUGCGGAACAUCCUUCCACAUUGGCCUCAGUCAACGGUUUGGCACUUUGCCUCCGAGACAUAAGCCAGCUGAAAGAUGCAGAAGCGCUCCAUAGGAGAGAUUUGGAGGCCAGUGAGCGCACCCUCGGUGCGGAGCAUCCUUUCACAUUGGUCGCAGUGGAAGCAGCCGAUGAUACGCCGCGACGAGCGAUCCGUGCUAUGAGCCAGUUGAUGUCAGUGGCCAAAGGAGAUGGGAACCACGGCGAGGGACGUCACAGGUUCGGCGACAUCGGAGAUGUCUUUGUGCCUCGGGAAAGGUACUCGGACAGGCCUCGUCCCUUCGCCUUCGUCCGAUUUGUCGAAGACGAGGACGCCACCGAGGUCGACGGCGCUCACGAUCACGUCCCAAGCAGAGAUGUGCUUCCAGUCCAAGUAGAGGAAGAAGGAGGAGGAGGCCCGGGGAUGAUCCAAGAGGUGGAUGGCAUGAUGCUGGGAGACUUCCGAAAAGCGGUAAUGAAACCAAUCCAGUCCAAGUAG